AUGGACCCUCUGGUUCAGUAUAAAGCCUCUAUACAGAACCGUCUCGAUAGUGCGGACGUUUUGGUAUCAAAACUUGUACACGAAAACCGCAUGCUAGCCCAAGAAACAGAAAACAAAGAUGAAGAAAUCAAAGCAUUGAAACAGCAACUUGAAUCCAUCAAGAAACGCAACGAAGAGGACGAAAAACGAGCAAAUGUUGCAGAGGAAGAAGCUGAAAUAGUAAGGGACUUAUUUGAGCAUCUAUGUGGCGUAAGGGUCCACAAAUCAUACGAGGAUGAUACGGGACUUUGGUUUGAUACAUCACAGGGUGGGAAAUAUGGCGUAAUGGAUUAUAAACUUGGCUUUGUCAGAGCUGAGGGCGAAACAGAGGGCACAGAGGUUGUGUAUGUCCCACUUUUGAAGCAAAGAAGUGCAGAUGAGCUUCAGCUGUUACAGAAACAACUUCCGGGUUAUCUUUUCGACACACUGAGUUUCCCACUCAGAUCUCUGAGCCAAUUUUACAUGAAAUUAAGCAAAUGUUUAGGUAAGGCUGAAAAGGCAUCCGAAUAG